AUGAAAUCAUAUAGGACAUUUUUUGAAUCCACACAAGCAGAGACUCCUGGGAGUCGUAAUAAGCUCUACAAAACACUCUCAACUCCUCUUUUUGAAAAGAGAAACCGUCGAAAGCUCUCUUCUACAAGAUCAGCAAGCAGGUUUUCUUCCCCAUCUCCUUCAUCAUUUCUUAACAAAAUCAAAAACCGACAUCUUCACCAAGAUUUCCCAGUCACCCCAGAACUUGCUUCACAAGUAAUUCGAGAGUUCUUGCUUCCUAUGUUUGAAGCAGAUGGCCGUAAAAUUAAUGCUAAAAGCAGGUCUUCUUUAUUUGGGAUUAAUUCAAAAGAAAAUUCCUCAAGAAUUGUUAAAGGCAAACUUACUCCUCCCCUCCAUAAAUGAAUAAAAAAAUUUUGUUCGCUCAAGAAGGGUGCUAAUUUUUUUUAAAAAAAAUUAUAUAGAAAAAAAUUUUUUUUCGAAAUUUUAAAAAAAUCCUAAUUCGCAAAAAUUGGAAAGCAAAUAUUAAUUUAAUUUAUAAAAUUUAUGUUUUUAAAAAGCAAUUUGUUUAAAAUUAAACAGAAUUAGUUAUAGAUUUCAUUAUGCUAAUUAUCACUUAUAUGUCAAAUUUUUUUUCAUAAAAAAUUUUUGUUCGCUCAAGGAGGGUAGUUUUUUUGGCAAAAAAAUAGAGAGAUUUUUCUCAUGAUUUUGUUCACUCACGGAGGGAGUUAGUGAAAUUAUUUUGAGACAGCUGAAUAUUACUAAUGAAGAAUUGGAAAAGCUAAAAAAUAGAUGGGUAGACACAGAAAAGGAAAAAAAAAGAAUUAAAAAUGAAAUUGAGGAAUUGAAAGGAUGCUUAAUUAACAGUAUUUGCAACUUGAAUAUGUUAAAAUAUCAUUAUCAAGAGACAAAUAAAACAAUUAAAACUGAGCAGCUUAAUGUCAGCCUCGUAAAUCAACAAAUAAAUGAGUAUCGGCAAAUGAACCUGAAAAGAGAGGUAGAAAGGAUAGAAAAUAUUGAUCAGUUAAAUAAGGAAAGAAUUAAAAACAAAAUUUUGGGUGACAAAGCCAAUGAACUGCAGCAUUGAAAUGCGUUUUUACUAAUGCAAAAUGAUAUUAUGGGAGAGCGACUAAAAGGGCUCUAUGAAGCUUGCGAAGAUAUGUGUGAUAAUCAAAAAAGCAAUGAAAAAAUCGAUAAUGAGCUCCAAAUUAUCAAGAAAAGAUCGAGCGAUUUAUUCAGCUAUUGGAUAAGCACUGAAGAAAAUACUUUGCAAGUAUCCCAAAACUGUUUGGAAUUUAUUAAUCAAAACCAUACAGCUGCAACACAACGAAAGCAAUAUCGAGAUGAUGUAAAAAAACUGAAAAACACCAUGAAAGACAUAUUAUUAACUAUGACUAAAAAAGUCUCCCAAGCUACUGAUGAGAAAAACAAUUAUGAAGAAAAAUGUUCACAAAUGGAAAAGAAAUUCAAAGACAUCAGUGAAAGCUAUACAAAAGUUCGGCUCCAAAUAAAAGAAAUGAAUGCAAAAAGAAAACAAUUUGGCUUUGAUGAAGAAAAGUUAUGUAAAAAUUGUAAUAAGGCGUUUUAUGAAAAAGAUAAUUAUAAUUGAUCAUGCCUUAGACAUGCUGGGAAAUGAAAUGGGACAAUGUACUGAUGCUGCGGCAAACUAAAAGAAGAUGCUAUUGGAUGUGUGAAAUCUAAGCACGAAACCAGAGAUGAUGAAGAAGGAGAUGAAAAUGAAGCCAACGACGAAAUCGCGAAUAAAAAAAUCAACAAAAAAUGCCCGAGCUGUAAAGAAAUUGGACAUUUGCCUCAUCAAUGUCCAAAAGAUCCAAACGCCAGAAGCAAUGUGAACCAAAAAGAAGAAAUUGAUAGGAUCUUUUUGACACACAGAAGAAGGGACAGGAUGGGGAAUAUGACGAAUGAUGUAACAAUUAAGCUGAAAGCUAUGCUUAAAAUAAAUGAAGAAGACGAAAAAGAAGGCAAAACUCAAAGAGAGAAUAUAGGCUUUGAAGAUAUCGAAGAAGUCAGACUAGAAGCUAUUGAAACCCCUAUCAAUGUUUUUGAAAUCGCCAAAAAAAGGCUUGAGAAAUCAUCCUCCUCAGUAAAGCACAGAAAGCUUUCGAGAAUGAAUAGCAUGAGCAAAGACUUCACAGGGCUUCUCGAUUCUGGGCUUCUUUUGAGCUCAAAAAACUAUGAAGGAAGCCAUUCAAGACGUCAGUCAAUUAACUUCAAACUAUCAUCUAUAGAUACAUAA